AAAUUCAUCAGAAGAAUAUCUGAGCAAGAGAAGGAAAAUCACUUUCUGUUUCCAACUUCCAAUGUCCAAAUUCUUCUCUUUCAUAUCCCACCAAUCCUGAUCUGUUGCUGUUUUAGUUUCCCCCUGCCAUGGAAACCAUCCUCUCCCCUUCUUCAUUCUGCCCACUUUUCAACCCCAAGAUUUCAUCCCUUCAAUCCAAACCAACUUCCCUAUUACUCAGUAAAAGUAGCAGUACCAUUUGCUCUUGCCUCAAGAAACAACCAACUCAGUUAUCUGUUAGUGAUAAACAAUCUUCUUCAUCUCCUACAAAUUGGCUUUCUCAUGUCCAGCAAGGUCUUGCAGCUCUAGCAAUUUCUCUUGCACUCAGUUACUCCCCAAUCUUACCUACUCACUCUGCAUUUGCAUCUGAAUUUGAUGUACUAAAUGACGGUCCACCAACAGAAUCAUAUGUGGUUGAUGAUGCUAAUGUUCUUAGCAGGCUCACAAAAUCCGACUUGAAAAGAUUAUUAUCUGAUCUUGAAUCAAGAAAAGGGUACCACAUUAAUGUCAUCACUGUCCGAAAACUCACUAGCAAAGCUGAUGCUUUUGAGUAUGCUGACCAAGUUUUAGAACGUUGGUACCCUUCUCUUGAAGAAGGCAAUAAUAAGGGGAUAGUUGUUCUUGUCACCAGUCAAAAGGAAGGUGCAAUUACUGGAGGCCCUGAAUUUAUUCAGGCUGUUGGUGAUACUGUUCUUGAUGCCACUGUCUCUGAAAAUCUUCCAGUGCUAGCAACUGACGAGAAAUACAAUGAAGCAGUAUACAGCACUGCCAAGCGUCUAGUUUCUGCAAUUGAUGGGCUUCCUGACCCUGGUGGCCCCAAAUUCAAGGAGAACAAAAGAGAAUCUAACUUCAAAUCCAGGGAGGAAACCGAGGAGAAAAGAGGGCAAUUCACACUUGUUGUUGGAGGUUUAUUAGUGAUCGCAUUUGUUGUUCCCAUGGCUCAAUACUAUGCUUAUGUCUCCAAGAAAUGAACUGAUCUCAAUUUGUAGUUUUAGUUGGAUUCUUAUUUUGCUCAUAGCUGAGCAAAGAGGUAUAAAGAUAUUGUACAAAAUGGUCAUUGAAAAGUGACAAGACCCUAUCCGUCACAAUACUCCCACUUUUUUUCGCAACUUUAUUGAUGUUUUUCGUGGAA